GUGUCAUUUUCCAGUCUCGAACGAACCUAGUGUAGAAGAAGUGGGGUUGAGGUGGGGAAACACUAUUGUAUUUGGCAUUGUCAUUUCGCAGUGAAAUUAGUGUGGAAGGAAGUGAAAUGGAAGCUGAUAACAUCGUGGAUGAUGUUCCACCAGCGAUUGGGGCGAAUACGAUGCUGAGCCUUGUACGAAGCCGUUCCGAACUAUCUUCCAAUUACCUAGUUGAAAAGGAACCCUGUCUCAAGUGCUUUGAUGCAUGGCCAGAAUCUGACCAGGUGGAAUUCGUGGAGCAGUUAUUGCAGCGAAUGUGUCACUACCAACAUGGCCACAUUAACUCAUUCUUGCAACCAAUGCUUCAACGAGAUUUUAUAUCAUUCUUGCCCAAAAAAGGUUUAGACCAUAUAGCUGAAAAUAUUUUAAGUUACCUGGAUGAUAGUAGUCUUAGAAAUGCUGAACUAGUCUGCAAAGAAUGGAGGCGUGUGAUUGCAGAUGGAAUGUUGUGGAAAAAGCUUAUUGAAAGAAAAGUGCGGACAGAUUCGUUGUGGAGAGGAUUGAGUGAACGGCGUGGAUGGGGAGCCUAUUUGUUCAAACCUCGUCCCGGUGAACAACAGCCAGAUCAUUCCUUCUACAGAAAAUUAUAUCCACGCAUCCUUAAAGAUAUUGAACAAAUUGAAAAUAACUGGCGUUGUGGCAGACAUACAUUACAACGGAUAAACUGCCGAUCGGAGAAUUCCAAAGGCGUUUAUUGCCUGCAGUAUGACGACCGACGCAUUGUCUCUGGGUUGAGAGACAACACCAUAAAGAUUUGGGAUCGUCAAACUCUACAAUGUGCAAAAGUUCUCACCGGGCAUACUGGAUCAGUGCUUUGUUUACAGUACGACGAGCGUGUGAUAAUUAGCGGAUCGUCUGAUUCAACUGUCAGAGUGUGGGAUCUCAGCAAUGGAGAAAUGGUCAAUACACUCAUUCAUCACUGUGAAGCCGUCCUUCAUUUACGGUUUGCUCAUGGACUCAUGGUUACGUGUUCCAAGGACCGAAGUAUUGCAGUAUGGGAUAUGGUGAGUCCCACCGAAAUCAACCUCCGUCGUGUACUUGUGGGUCAUCGUGCAGCUGUUAAUGUUGUUGACUUUGACGACAAGUACAUUGUCUCAGCCUCGGGUGAUCGAACCAUUAAGGUCUGGUCAACAGCAACCUGUGAGUUUGUCCGUACUCUAAACGGACACAAGCGAGGCAUAGCCUGCUUGCAAUAUAGGGACAGACUAGUUGUCUCUGGUUCUUCCGAUAACUCAAUUAGAUUGUGGGACAUUGAAUGCGGGGCUUGCAUACGCGUAUUGGAAGGUCACGAAGAAUUAGUUCGAUGUAUUAGGUUCGAUUCUAAGCGUAUCGUUAGUGGAGCCUAUGAUGGGAAAAUCAAAGUUUGGGAUUUGCAAGCGGCGCUAGACCCCAGGGCGCCAGCGGGGACCCUUUGCCUUCGAACUCUCGUGGAACAUACCGGACGAGUAUUUCGACUCCAAUUUGAUGAGUUUCAAAUUGUAAGCUCAUCCCACGAUGACACGAUCCUCAUUUGGGACUUCCUUCACACAGAUUCGCCUUCUAGUUUAACGCCGUCAUCACGUACCUCACCCCAGCGCACUUACACUUACGUGUCGAUGUAAAACUGCUCUAGAUCGUGGAAAAGAGAACAGGCAUCUAACUGAAUGUUAGCAAAAGCUAUCACUCACGUUGUUUGAUAGUCCCGAUGCUGCGAAUCGAGGAAGUCUCUCUUGCCUGUCUCUCUCGCCCCCCUUUUUUUUUUUUUUUUUUUUGCUUUUUUUUUUUAUUAAAAAAAUGUCAUUCGCUAUAAGUUGUUCCAUUGUACGGUCCAAAUAGACGUCGUCUACCCUUACUGGUUGGAAUGCAUAAAUAUCUCGAGGUGUUAGGGUCAUUUUCGGCCGCAUGUCACAAGAAGCAACACCUUCGAGAAUGUUGGUUUCCCAAGCAGUGUUUCUCUUUGUUACUUUUUUUCUUAUACACUUUGUGUAUUUUUUCCUCAUCAUCCCCCCUACUAUUGUAAUGUGUGCUUUUUCAUCAUGGCAGGGGAGGGUCUAUGUACAGUACAUGUGAUAUUCCAUCUCCA